AUGGAAAUCUCUACUCUCGCGACAUACCACUGCCUUGCUUUCGGCUGGUAUUUUUUUGUUGCCUAUUCAAUCACAAACGUAAGAACAGAAGAGCGGCCAUCUGAAGUGUUCCUUUACGGUGGGCAGUGGAAAUACUUGACAGUCCUCAAUCUGGUUUUGCAGGCUGUCUUCUACGGGGUGUCCUUCCUGGCUGAUGUGUUGAGACUAAUUAAGAAACGUCGAUGUGCUAAGUGCGUAAUUUCCAGCAGAGACCUUCUUUUCAGUGUCCUGGCUUUCCCAGUGUCCACAUUUGUGUCUAUAUCCUUUUGGACACUGUAUACUUACAAUCGAGAGCUGGUUUACCCCAAAAGCCUUGAUGGAGUCAUCCCGCUCUGGUUAAAUCACGCUAUGCACACGGCUGUAUUGCUAUUUGCUGUCCUGGAAAUCCUUGCCAUGCCACACCGUUACCCGGCAAAGAAGAAGGGAUUGAUCCUAUUAGGAUUUGUCGCUUUUCUGUAUAUCAGUUGGGUCCUGUGGAUUUAUUCUGUCACAGGAGAGUGGGUAUAUCCUCUCUUUGCUUUGUUCAGCCCAGCCGGGCUAGCAGCCUUUUUUGCCGGUAGCCUUGCCGUCGUCAUCUCUUUCUACAACUUCGGGGAGUUCCUCAACCGUAUGAUAUGGGGAGAUUCAAUAGUAAUACUGGACUACAGGCGGAAAGGCAAGUGA